CGCCCCGCCCCGCCCCGCCCCGCCAAGCGCUGAGCUCGGCCCCUGCACUGGAGCUGGGUGCAGCUUCGUCGGGUCCCGGCUCGGGCUUUCCUCCCUUCCCAGCAGGCGGGACGAUGAGGCUGCUGGCUGCCGGGAUCCUGCUGCUGGGCUGCUCGGCUUCCCUCUGCGCCGCCUUCUACCUGCCCGGCUUGGCCCCCGUCAGCUUCUGCGAGCCCGACAAGGCGAGCGAGAGCUGCCAGUCAAAAAUUGAGCUAUUUGUGAAUAGACUGGACUCAGUAGAAUCAGUUCUACCUUAUGAAUAUGAUGCUUUUGACUUCUGUCAAGAUGAGAUAGAAAAAAGGCCUUCGGAAAAUCUUGGACAAAUCCUGUUUGGAGAAAGAAUAGCAUCAUCACCAUAUAAGUUUACAUUUAACAAACCGGAAACAUGCAAGGUAGCUUGUACGAAAUCAUAUGACCCAGAAAAAAGUGAUGACAAAAAUAAACUGGCUUUUUUGAAGAAAGGAAUGCAAUUGAAUUAUCAACAUCACUGGAUUAUUGAUAAUAUGCCUGUAACAUGGUGUUAUCAAGUGGAAGAUGAACACAAAUACUGUAAUCCGGGAUUUCCAAUAGGAUGUUUUAUUACUACAGAUGGCAGAGUUAAAGAUGCUUGCAUUAUUGAUUCUCAGUUUCACAAGUGGGACACUUUCUAUCUCUUCAACCAUGUUGACAUUACGAUCAUGUACCAUAGCGGGAAAGAUGAAAGCUGGCCUGGAGCAAGACUGGUAAUGGCAAGACUGGAUCCAAAAAGCUACAAACAUACAGAUAAAAACAAUUUAAAUUGUGGAGGUCCCCCUAUGGAGAUUCCUGCUAAAUUCACGAACAAACUGGAUUUGAUCUACACUUAUUCUGUGAAAUUUGAAGAAAAUGAUAUCAAGUGGGCUUCCAGAUGGGACUACAUUUUGGAGUCCAUGCCACAUACCAACAUUCAGUGGUUUAGCAUAAUGAAUUCACUCGUAAUUGUUCUCUUCUUAUCUGGCAUGGUGGCUAUGAUCAUACUGAGGACUCUUCAUAAAGAUAUUGCAAGAUACAACCAAAUUGACUCCUCUGAAGAUGCUCAAGAGGAAUUUGGUUGGAAGUUGGUUCAUGGAGAUGUAUUUAGACCUCCAAGGAAGGGAAUGCUGUUAUCUGUCUUCUUGGGUCAAGGAACGCAAAUUUUCAUUAUGACAUUUAUUACUCUAUUUCUAGCUUGCCUUGGCUUUCUUUCUCCUGCCAACCGAGGAGCUUUGAUGACUUGUGCAGUUGUACUGUGGGUCUUGCUGGGAACUCCUGCUGGUUAUGUAUCUGCUAGAAUGUAUAAAACAUUUCGAGGUGAAAAGUGGAAGACAAAUGUUUUGCUGACAGCUCUGUUGUGCCCUGGAAUUGUCUUUGCUGAUUUCUUCAUUAUGAAUCUUAUUCUGUGGGUGAAGGGAUCAUCAGCUGCCAUCCCCUUUGGUACACUGGUUGCUAUCCUGGCAAUGUGGUUUGGAAUUUCUGUCCCAUUAACCUUCAUUGGUGCAUAUUUUGGAUUCAAAGAAAAGCCUAUUGAACACCCAGUUCGUACAAACCAGAUUCCUCGUCAGAUCCCGGAGCAGUCAUUUUUCACAAAGCCGUUGCCUGGUAUCAUCAUGGGUGGCAUCUUGCCAUUUGGUUGUAUUUUUAUUCAGCUUUUUUUCAUUCUAAACAGUAUUUGGUCCCAUCAAAUGUACUACAUGUUUGGUUUCCUGUUCUUAGUGUUUAUAAUUCUUCUUAUUACGUGUUCUGAGGCUACAGUCUUGCUGUGCUAUUUCCAUCUAUGUGCAGAGGAUUAUCAUUGGUGGUGGAGAUCGUUCUUAACGAGCAGCUUUACAGCCGUUUAUCUUUUUAUCUAUGCGGUUCAUUACUUCUUCUCUAAACUCCAAAUAACGGGAACUGCUAGUACCAUUUUAUACUUCGGGUAUACUAUGAUCAUGGUUUUGAUAUUUUUCCUUUUUACAGGGACGAUUGGAUUUUUUGCCUGCUUCUGGUUUGUUAGUAAGAUUUACAGUGUUGUGAAAGUGGACUGAAGAAUUUCAAAGUGUCUUUGGAACAUAUCUCCCUUGCUGUGAUAUAUUUUUACCAUGUAUUGAGAAACCUACUGCAUAAUUAUUUUAAAAUGUAAAAGCUGAACCUCAGCCUGUAUGGCAGAAAAUACAGGUUUUAUGGAUGGAAAUAGCAGCAUUGGAAAACAUUUACACCAGUCCUGUUCCUGAAAAUGUUAAUCCAUUCUAAUCAUUUUUAAAAAAUACUGUAUACAGAGUUUGAUUUAAAACAAAUGAAUGAUGCAAUGAAACCAGUUUCUUUUUUUAAAAAAAUAGUGCAUUAUAUAGCUUUCCAGCUGAGAUUUCUUGUCAUUUUUGUUACUUUUCUUUUGUCUCUUACCAAUUAUACCAUCAAAACAUAGGACUGUCCAGUAAAUACUAUGUAAAAAUGUGAAACUUUUUUAACUUAAAACUGAUUGUACAUAGUAUUGUGCACCUUCUUUACAGCUUGUUUAUCAUCGUACAAAGGAACAUGCAUUUAGUGUAACGUAGAAUUUUGUUAAGGAUAUCGACACUGUUUUUCUUCAAAUAAAACUGCACAACUCUG